AUGAUGUUUCGUGGCGCUAUUUUACUCCUGCCAGCAAUCUUAAUUCCAUCGGCAGGCGCUGAUGCCCGGUUACCGGUCGACCAAGAAGUGCGAGAUGGUCUAACCGAAGCAGUCGAUUUGAAACAACUGGAAGCGAUCGCAAACGCCGAGUUCGCCGAAUACAAGGCCUACCUGGACGCGUAUGUAUUGAGAGAGUGCGGCGAAGCGACGGAGUUCUACCAACCCCAUCUGCCCGAGGACCAAUACCCAAAGCUCGCGCUGGAAUUGCAGUCGAAAUUUAAUGCUAAGAACGUAACGAAUGUGCGACGGGUGGCUGAGUUGUUCUUGUCGUAUUGGCAUCACGCCGGGUCCUCCUACGAGUAUUUCGCUUGUGGAAGCCGCGGCAUCUGCCGAACCUACAUCACGAGCGGGUUGAUGGCGGUCCACUUUUGGUGGGGCAAUGCGCGUAUGUCGACGAAGGAGGAAAUCGACAAUUGGAUGGUGAAGACGAAAGAUGGGUCUGGCCUGAUUGAGCGGUUCCGCGCCAAGAUCUUCACUCCUAGGGAUAUUUUCGAUGGCGACAAAUUCGUAGUAUCCAAAUUUGACCUCGGCUUGGCGGACGAUGUGAUGCCCGCCUACACAGUGAGACUUUGGAAAAACGAUGAUUGGAAAACAGAAUGUACUUGGCCCAUGGCACCGGCCCCAGAACUCGCAAUGGCCCCACUGAAUUUGGGAAGCUUUCUUCUGCUGACGUUGACGUAUAUAUGCUUCGUUGUGGCAGACGAUCCGAUGCGUAAUGUUACGGUCAAUGGUGGAGCAUGGGUAUGCGCCGAUGGCCAACAGCCGAUAUCAGUCACUGUCUCGGCUAGGGACUCGAGCGGCAAGGAUGAGAAGAGUCCGCAGGAAUGUCGGGUGACCUGCCUGGCUAAUUAUAUGGUGCGGCUCACAGCUAUCGAGUUUUUCGUCAACUUUAAGUGCCCGGGCACUCAGAAAAUGCCGGAGGUUUACUGCUGGUCGACCCUGUUUCCGGCACCCAACGGAAACGAAGAGCCCGCCGCCUACAGGAUCACGCUAUUUGGGAUGCUCGGCGAAAGCAUAGAAGUUAUGAAUCGCGAGCCAAUUCUGUAUGCAGGGAUGGCGAAGAGGGCGGAUCGUAAGACCUACGGAGAAAUAAUGACCCUCGGUAAAUGCACAUCCUUC